GGAGCGCAGCCAGAGCGACAACCAGGAAGUGAAAGCACACACAUGGAGGGUGUGUCUGCCGCUGCCUCUGUGCGUUUUAUUUUUAAAAACACCGUCCUCCGCGGAUAGAUUAAGUCAUGGGGGACUCGGCGAGGACCAAGCGGCGGGAGCAGCUGAAGCGCUGGGCCGGCUCCUGCACCGACAAGGCGUCGGACGUGCCCAGGCGGAGGCGGCGGGGCGACGCCGGGGACGGAGCAGGGGAGCCCGAGGCCGAGCUCUGCGACUCGCCGACGGAGCAGCCAGUGUGUUUGGGCAGAGAUGAGCCAAGCCCCGUCCUCAGACGACGGAAAAGGGUGAGGUUUGAUAGCGCUGCGGAGUUCCUGGCUGCUUGUGCCAGUGGCGACACCGAGGAGGCCCAGGUGAUGCUGGAGGAGGCCAAAGAAGCCAAAAGGAGGAACGGGGAUGACGAGGCCGAUAUUAUCAACUGUUCUAAUGCUGAUGGAAUAACUGCUCUGCAUCAGGCCUGCAUUGAUGGCAGCAUGGAGAUGGUGACCUUCCUUCUGGAGCGCAGUGCCAGCGUGAACCAGGUGGACAGCGAGGGAUGGACGCCGCUGCAUGUCGCGGCCUCCUGCGGCUACCCUGACAUUGCAGAUUUCCUGUUGCAGCGGGGAGCAUCUCUUUCUGCUGUGAACUGUGACGGUGAUGUUCCUCUGGACAUCGCUCUGGAUGAGACCACCGAGUCACUCAUUCAGGAUUACGCUCUGAGACAGGGUGUGGACUUGGAUGCAGCCAAGCGUCUGGAGGAGGAACAGAUCAUGGUAGAUGCCCGGACCUGGCUGACCGAAGGUCCGCCUGCUGAUGUUCAACACCCAAAAACUGGAGCCACCCCGCUUCACGUAGCUGCAGCUAAAGGCUACCUAGAGGCCUUGAAGAUACUCUGUCAGUGUGGGCUGGAUGUGUCUGCUGUGGACUUCGAUGGCUGGACGCCUCUCCACGCUGCAGCGCACUGGGGUCAGGGCGAGGCCUGUCGCGUUCUGGCUGAACAGCUGUGCAAUAUGGAGGCGCGCAGCAACGCGGGUCAGACGCCGUUUGAUGUAGCUGACGAAAGCGUUGAAGAGCUCCUGGAGGAGUUAUCCCAGAAACAAGCCAACUGGCGUAAUGAACGUUCCAUAUUGGACAGGCAAAACUCAGCAGGCUCCAACGCUGCGAAUGCACAAAACAAGCGGAGGAGGAGCUCGGUUUGCAGGAUGAGCAGCAAGGACAAGAUGAACGUACAGGACCAGUCUAAAGAGAGGGGAGUCUCAGGAGGACUGGAGCUGAGCGAGGAGAAGGAGGGCAGCCCAGAAAGCUCCACCGCUUCCAGCCCGGACACCGAGAGUGUGACCACAUCUACGGUCAGCCCCGCUGACAAGACACCAGAGGAAAAAGACGAGGAGGAGGACAAGGAGCAGGACAAAGCGAACCGAACCGCCAGAGUCCAGCCGACUCCUCAGAUGAGGGACGCUGCAGCCGAGAGUCCCAACACUCCCAACGCCGACAGACGCAAGUUUCAGGCUCCAGUUCGAGAUGAAGAGUCCGAGUCUCAGAGGAAAGCUCGCUCUCGGCUGAUGCGUCAGUCUCGUCGCUCCACACAGGGUGUGACUCUGACCGACCUGAAGGAAGCGGAGAAGAGCGCGGCGAAGGCUGCCGAUCCUCCAACUCGAAACAUCCAACCCGUCAGCCCCAUCGUCACGGUGACGCCGGCUGAAAGGGAUACAGACCCGGUGAAGCUGGUGGAGUCGGAGGGGGAUAAACGUCUGGGAGUGAGGGACAGACGACGAGGGAGGACGGAGAGACGCUCCACCGGCAUCAUUCAGCUGGAAGGAGAAAACGACGAUGACGAUGCUCAUCUGGAAGACGCCAACAGCAACAACUCUUCUUACGGGAGUGAACUGGGAGAUUCAUCUGCUGACUACAGAACGCUGUACAUCAAGGUGCUGCAGGAGAACCUGGCGCUGAAGGACAAGCUGCAGGAGAUGGAGCUGCUGCUCAGCCAAAACAAAGUGGAGCUGGAGAGGCUCCGACAGGUUCGGCAGAGUCAAGAAACCAGCUCAGACAGACCGGCCCUGCUGGAGCUGGAGAGAUUUGAGAAGUUGGCCCUCCAGAGGAAAGCUGUGGAACUGGAGGACGAGCUGAAGGUACGACCGUUCACUGAAGCUCUGACGAUGAAUUCAGUUCAAGUAGGAAUAAACACAGAAAACCAGGAGAUCAGUCAACAUAAUGUCACAUUAAUGAUAUUCAGGUAUCAAGCUAAAGCUAAAAACAUUUAUUAUUUACAAAAAUCAGUCUUUUAAACUCACUGUCGUCUUCAGAAGAUGCGUUUUUAUCCCAAAACACUUUUUAUUGACGUCAUAGUUUCUGCAUCAGUAUUUUCAACCAAAUGCUGACAGAGAUUUGUUUAAAGUAUAUGUGUGAGUAUUUAUCUGAAAAUAGAUCAUGAUAAAAAAAAAGAAAA